UAUGAAAAGCAUUUUGUGUGUUUUGCCUCAUGUCUACCGCGUGUUGGAUCGUUUUGGGAGUAUUAGGGCGCCGAACGUUUAGUAUGGCUGCGCGCGAGUUGUGUCCUUUGUAGCUGGGCUUUCCUCAGAAUCUCUCGGUGCUGCAGUCUUGCCUCAUGGUAGUGUGCAACCGUAUAUAGGCUUCAUGGCUCGAAAGGGAGCGUAUGUCUCAACGUGCUUCAUUAGGAUCUAGGAGGCGUGCCGCCAGUGGUGGCUCGAUUCUAUCAAGCUGGUGGUCGAAGGUCCGAAAACGCACACGCUCAAGGGCGAGCAGCACACGCAGUGCUCCCAACGCCUCACCAUCGGCGCACUCAAUUCCUCGCGCUCUUGGUGCAACCUCCCCCAUAUCAUUCCACUCCCAUUCUAGUGACUCGUCGCAGGUGCCAGCCCCAAGACUGGCACUACUGUUCGAUGGCGCUUACAAUCCCCCUCCACGAUUUGAUCCAAGUGUGAUCCUUUUUGGCCCUGUCCCAUCAAUCCUCCCCGCGUUGAAAAGGCUCCAUAACUUUCCCACCAGCUCCUCAUGCGAGGUCGGGAACUUGCAUCCCUCGGGGAACACAGCAUCUCCUGCAAGAGUCCCUCCUAAUUUACGUUUUAUAUCUCUCUCCAAACCCUUGUUCUCCCCAUAUCCAGAGACACAACUCGAUCUUAGUCACGCUCAGGUGGAGCGGUUCACUGUCAGGGAGGCACUGGGUUCCGGCCGAGGCUAUGCUCUUUUACAGCUUGCCGAGCCAGGUGGCUCGAUGUAUACGUUGCGUUUAGAACAUGGAAAGUUCGAGAAUGGCGAUGAGGGGAAACAGAUUGCUCGGACGAAUAUCUGAACAGCAUCACCGCCGCGGAUAUCGCUUUUGGGAAAGAACAGCCGUUUAUUGAUUUUCUUCACACGUUAGACGCACUUGUCCAGAAAUGGGAGUUCGGAAACAAGUGGGGACGACAUGGGACUAGCCUUUCAUUUGCUUUGUGGAUGGCAAAACAGCUGGCCGAGCACGAUUCUGAAUGGGGAGAAGAUCUUGCAUCGGCCUGGGUUCAGGAGAAUAGCCCAAUUAUUGCCCACC